AUGCCAUAUCUCAUUGCAUCUGCAUCGGCAUCUACCAUCCGCAUCCGCAGCUACAUCUACAUCUACAUCCGCAUACGCAUCUACAUCUACAUCCACAUCCGCAUACGCAUCUACAUCUACAUCCACAUCCGCAUACGCAUCUACAUCGGCAUCUACAUCGGCAUCUACACCUCCCUUGGAUUACACUUUCCGUCACAUGCAACACCAAACACACCGCGCUUCCACUUUAUAUUUUCAUGUUCCACAAUGAUCUUGUUUGAGCGUGACGUCGUGCUAAAAAAGUUGGAUUUCCACAUGUGCCGCUCCCUAUCCCCUGUCCGGCUCUCGCCUUGGAUGAACAAGCGCGGCCCGGCCAAGGCUUCGCACACAAACACACGCGCCACACGUCCCGCGCCUCCCGCACACACCUACACCACGCUUCACGCUUCAGCUAGCCAGCCAGCCCGCCCGCCCCCAGCCCAAACAAUGCCAUCUCGCGCCCACAAAGGAGCAAAGAAAGACGAAGAAAACAAGCCCGAAACGCAAUGGCUAGAGAGGCACGAGAAAAGCAAGGAGAAAAGGUAUAAAAAAAGGUGGGUAUAUAAUGACGUUGAAAAGCGCGGUUGA